CACUGAAAGAAAAGACUGUGUCUUUUCCACAGGAUAAAGUGGAAUUCCGCUGGCUUUGAAUGUCAGAUUUACAGCCUCUUAAAAGAAAGGCUCUUACUUUUACGGCUCUUCGAGAAAAACAACCGAAUUUAAUAGCUACACCAGGGGUGUUCCAAUUAUGUGCUUUACUCCUGCUGCAUUACAGCGAUUUUAAGAACAAAAUUGCAGCCUGUGCGAUAGAAUUAGAUAAAGUUACCUGCUGUGAAAGGUUUGGCAUUGGGGUGGUUGUAUAUAAAAAGUGAGAUGGCAGGCGUACUUGCAAGACAUUUUCGGACGGAGAAGAGCUGGAGUUAUUCUGCCACCUGUCUCAGCAAGCAGGAUGGAGAAGUCCAGGAAGAUCUUUGUCAGUGUCCUCCUGUUCGUCAUGUCUGUGGAAAUCUGCUUGGCUCAACACUGGUCUUACGGCCUGCAACCAGGAGGAAAAAGGAAUGCCGAAAACCUGGCGGAGUCAUUUCAAGAGAUUGCAAAUGAAAUGGAAAAAUUAGGGGAAGCGCAGAAGGCUGAAUGCCCAGGCUCGUACCAGCGUUCCAGGUUCAGUGAUCUGAGGGAAGCCAUGGAAAGUCUGAUCGAAGGAGAAGCUAGACGAAAGAAGAUUUAAACCCAGAAAGCGAAACGGAACAACAGACCCAGAAUAAAAUUUCAAAGCUAUGUUAAAAUCAAUUUCUCUUCCAACGGCCUUUGCUUAGACUGCAUUAUGUGAAUAAAUACUCUGAAGUUGCAUUCAAAUAGUAGAAGAUAACUGUUGUGUGGAUUAGAUUACUAGUUUACGUGUAAAAAGAGCAACAUUCUGGUCCAGCAGUGGGGACUCAGCAGCACAGGGUCUGCUUUGUGUCCUGCAAUGAAAACUUGGACGUGACAGCUUUUGUUUCACAUGUACAGACAACGCCUGGACAAAGGCACUGUCUGAUCUCACUAGUCUCUGGAUAAAACGGUAGUACAACUUUGUU